UUUCUCUCAUUCUAUAGGCUCCUUCCCCCAUUUCUUCUCCAAAUCCCAAUCCUCCCUUUCUUCAUAGUCCCUCUCUCCUGCUUCCGCUCCUCCUCUCAUCGAUCACCGCCCUCAUCCAUUUACCAUCGCGCUUCAAUAUCGCGAGAUAACUUUUCUUAUUCUCACCGCGCGUGUUCUUUAUUGACCGAUCUUGUUUCUAGGGUUUCGUUCUUUCCGAUUCCCAUCGAUCGUUCCUUUGCCCAAGAAGGUGCGGAGAAGGAGACGGCAUUAGAGGAGCUUGGAAGAGGACGCGAGAGAUCUUGGAUUAGGGUUAGGGUUUCAUGAGAGUGGUGCUCGGAGGUCUCGAUCGGGGAUGGCUCAUCCGAGCAAGUUUGUCUCCGUCAAUUUGAACAAAUCUUACGGUCAGCCGCCGGCACCGUCGUCGUCUUCCGCCCAUGGCCGGCCGCGCCCCGGCACCCAGGGCAUGGUCGUGCUUUCCCGCCCGCGGAGCUCCGGCUCCGGUGGGCCGAAGUCCGUACCCAAGCUCUCGGUGCCGCCCCCCUUGAACUUGCCGUCUUUGAGAAAGGAGCAUGAGAGGUUUGAUUCGGCUACGGGCUUGGGGUCUGGGGCUGGCGCUGGGAGCUCUGGAUCGGGGUCAGGAACGGCGACGCUUGGCUGGACUAAGCCUGGUGUCCCCCUCGCUGAUGGUGGUCAGCAAUCUUCUGGUUCUCGGUUUGGUGGGCAGCCACUGGCUGCUGCUGCUGCCUUGCCAGCUCGAGCAGUGGAGAAAGCUGUGGUCUUGCGGGGUGAGGACUUCCCUUCUUUGCUUGCCUCUUUUUCAUCCCCGCAGAAGGCGAAGGAUUCUCUGAAGCAGAAGCAGGAGCAUGGGUCUGUUGAGAAGCUUGAACUUGAUUAUCCACUGCACAUGCGGCCUCAGAUGCGAUCUUCUCUGCACCUACCGAGCAAUGUGAAUGAAGGCGAUUCUUUGAGUGUUCAGAAGCAGCCUCAGAAAAAGGACGGGCUCUUGCCGGGGCCGCUGCCGAUUGUAAGGCUUUCUCACACUUCUGAUUGGGCUGAUGAUGAGCGUGAUACGGGUCUCAGUAUCCCAGAAAGGGAGAGGGAUCGUGGGUUUUCAAGGACCACUGACUCUCCUGAUGUCUGGGCUGCUCGUGAUUCUGAGGGACCUGGUUCUUCUACUAGAGAUUUUCUCAGAGGCGAUUUGUUUGGGAGAAAUUUGAAUGAUCAAAAUAAAGAAGCUGGGUCCUGGAGGAUGGGGCAGCAGCAGAAGGAUGGGUUUGCUAGCCGUGGUGCAGGUGUGUCUAGAGAUGGAAUUGGAGCGAGGCCAUUUAAUGUAAGCAGGGAGAUGAAUAAAAGUAAUAGCUUUGGCCAUCAAGACAAUGCUCGGGAUGGAUAUGGUAAUGGGCCUCAAGAUUCUCGGUAUGGAAGGAGAGAUUUCAGCUCUGGUAUGAACGCUCAGAAUGGGCAUGAGCAAAAUUUGCGUGGUAGAUACAAUGACAUGUCUGGCAAUCGGUUUAGAGGAGAUACUUUCACGAAUGGUUUGGCAGCCAAGGGGCCGUUCACAUCUGGUAGUAAAGGGUUCUCAGUGAAUGAUCCUGUUCUUAAUUUUGGCAGAGAAAAGCGGACUAGUGUGAACAUGGGGAAGCCGUAUGCUGAAGCCCCUGGUUUUGACAGUGGGGAUCUGUUUUCAGGAGAUCUUAGUGGAGAUCUCAAUGUGAAGUUAUUCAGAAAGAGGAAAGAUGUGUUGAAACAGGCUGAUUUCCAUGAUCCUGUGAGAGAAUCAUUUGAGGCUGAGCUGGAGCGAGUACAGCACAUGCAAGAGCAGCAACGGCAACGAGUGCUUGAAGAGCAAGCGAGGGCCUUGGAGAUUGCUCGGAAAGAAGAGGAGGAGAGAGAGAGGUUGGUGAGGGAAGAAGAGGAAAGGAGGAGGCUGGUUGAAGAGGAGGCAAGAGAGGCUGCUUGGAGAGCGGAGCAGGAGAGGCUUGAAGCAGUGAGGAGAGCUGAUGAGCUGAAGAUUGCAAGGGAGGAGGAGAGGAGGAGGAUUCAAAUGGAGGAGGAAAGAAGGAAAGAAGCUGCACGACAGAAGCUCAUGGAGUUGGAGGCAAAAAUUGCUAGAAGACAGGCUGAAUCUGAUAUUAAAGAUGAUAAAAUGCCUCCUGUUGUUACUGAGGAACGAGUGGUUGGGUCAGUGAAGGAAACUGAUGCGCCAAGAGUGACAGAAGCUAGGGAGUGGGAGGAUAGUGAGAGGAUGGUGGUGGGCGUAACUAGUUCGGCAUCAUCUGAUUCAUUAGCCAUGAAUAAAUCUUUUGAUACAGGUUCCAGGCCUCAGUCUUUGAGGGAAGGGAAUCUAGCAUUCAUGGACCGAGGCAAGCCUGGAGAUUAUUGGAAGAGAGAUGCAUAUGACAAUGGUGGCAAUUCUAUGUUUUUCCCUCAAGAUCAGCAAAAUGAGUAUCCUAGCCCCAGAAGAGAUGCAUUUGGUUCUGGGAGAGGCUUCCCAAGGAAAGAUUUUUAUGGCAACCCUGGGAAAUUGUCAACUAGGUCAUUUGCAAAAGGGGGAACAACAGAACCCUCACGGAUGCCUGACGAUCACCGAUAUUUAAGAGGUGACAGGUGGAAUGCUGCAGGAGACGGUGAUUGUUACAGCAGAAACGCGGAUUUGGAUGCUGAAUUCCUUGAUAAUGAUAAAUUUGGUGAUGGUGGCUGGGGAACUAGUCCUUCUCAUGGAAGGCCGCAUUCUCCCUAUGGAGAAAGAUUGUUUCAGAACCCAGAGGCGGAUGGAUUUUCUUCAUUUGCUAGAUCUCGCCACUCCAUGAGACAGCCUCGUGUUCUGCCCCCUCCAGUGUCCUCCAUGCAGCGGAGCUCUUUCAGAGCUCCUUCUGAGCAUCGAACUUCCUCUUCAUAUGUUGAUUGUGACUCAAUGUACCCGCAUUCAAGAGAUAAUGAACAAGAGGUCUCACAGGCUGCAUACCAUGGUAAGUUUCAGGAAGGGAUUCACCGGCAUGGAAGUACUGGAUUACUGGAAGAAAGUUCCUUUUCUUCUCGACAAGAGAAGAAUAGCCCACAAUGUGAUUCACAGUCUUCUCUUUCUGUUUCUAGCCCCCCUAGUUCGCCUUCACAACCUUCUCAUGAUGAUAUAGAUGAAUCAGGAGAGUCUGCAACUCGGCCAUCUACUGCUAUUGAAGGACAGAGUGUUUUAACUGACAAUGAGAAUGCUGUAUCAUCAGUGUUAGGUGAGGAUGCAGUAAUGAUGACCUCAUCUUCUGUCACUCAUGGAGAAGAUGAGUGGGCUGUAGACAAUAAUGAGGAAAUCCAGGAGCAAGAUGAGUAUGAUGAAGAAGGUGAUGACUAUCAGGAAGAAGAUGAAGCACAUGAAAGAGAUAAUGUGAAUCUGGACUUGUCCCAUGAGUUCGAAGAUUUGCAAGCUGAUUUGCAGAAUACAGUUGAUGAGAUGGGCCAACUUGUUUUAGGUUUCAAUGAGGGCGUUGAAGUAAAAAUUCCUCUCAAUGAUGAAACUUUGAGCAAUUCAUGGGAUAAUGGCAACACCAUUGGAAUUGAGGAAGGUCUGGGUGGUGGCAUGACAAAGUUGGUUAGUAACGAUAUGGAUGCUUUGCAAAAUGAGAAAGCUUUUCCUGAUGGGGUCAUGAGUAGUCCUGCUGAGAUGAUAAAUGAAUCGGAGAAGGCACUGCAGGACUUGGUACUUGAUCAAGAAGCUCCAUGCAAUCAGCCUCUCAGUAAUGUUGACACAUUCAAUAUUUCGGGAAUGCCGCCUCAGCAGUUGCCAUUGCCUUCUGCAUCCUCCAUCCAGCCAAUCUUGUCAUCUGUUUCUACUGUUUCUAGUCAGGCUGAAGCACCUCUCAAACUUCAGUUUGGCCUAUUUUCUGGCCCUUCUUUGAUACCAUCUCCUGUUCCUGCUAUUCAGAUUGGAUCUAUUCAGAUGCCUCUUCAGUUACAUCCCCAUGUUGGCCCUUCAAUGACUCAGUUACAUUCUUCUCAACCAUCCUUCUUCCAGUUUGGUCAGUUGAGGUACCCACCACCUAUUUCCCAGGGUGUGUUGCCAUUGCCUCAAGCUAUGUCCUUUGUUCAGCCUUCCGCCUCACCUCAUUAUUCCUUCAACCAGAAUCUUGGAGGCUCUCUACAGAACCGAGUGACUGGGGACACUUCCUCUCAGAAUCGCUUUAGAGAUUCUGUUAUUCUAGAUAAACAGUCAGCCCCUUUCAAGAAACCUUUCGAUCUGCCCCAAGAUGAGCGCAGGCAGUUGAAUAUGUUGCCAGAACCCUCAGCAAAUGAAGGCCAGGCAUCUCAUACUCAUGGAAAUGAUACUUCUUCAGCCGAAAAUAAAAAUAAAUUGUCUUCAGUUUCCCAAGCUGAACGUCAUGGUGUUCGUAAUGGCAUGGUGAAAAGGAAUUAUAGACCUGUAGCCAGCAAAAAAGAGUCACAACCUCAAAUUCAUGCUGAGCCCAUUACAUCUCAGUAUUUUUCCGGAGAAAAAAAUAUAAAUCAGUCAAAGUACACAGGCAUAGGAUCUGGUAGCAGAGGUAAGAGACAUGUUUAUACUGCUAGGAUUACUGAAUCAAGAACACCCUCUUUAGGACCAGAUGCUUCACAAAUAAAGUCUGGUGGCUUUCAAAGGAGAACCAGGAGAAACAUACGGAGGACAGAAUUCAGGGUUCGAGGUAAUAUUGAUGGCAGGCAAACAGAAGGGGUAGAGUCCUAUAAUUAUGCUGGUCAGGAGGAAGAGCCAAUUGGUAUCGAGAUGGUAUCAGGCACUAGUUACAGAGAGAAAAGGGAUAAUGCACUUAUCAAGUCGUCCAGCAUGAUUGAAAAUGAAAAUACUAGUUCAGGUUCUUCAGGGGCACGAGUUUUUAGUGGUGAUGACAAGAUGGUUAGAGUACCUGGGAGAGAAGUAGAAUCCAAUUUGCAGAAGUUGCCAACAGACAAUAUUCCUGUAGGAACAUUGAAAAGGAAUGGGAUUUCUGAGGAAGAUGUGGAUGCCCCUCUGCAAAGUGGAGUUGUUCGUGUUUUCAAGCAGCCAGGGAUUGAAGCUCCUAGUGAUGAAGAUGACUUCAUUGAAGUGAGGUCAAAGCGGCAGAUGCUGAAUGACCGAAGAGAACAGAGGGAGAAGGAAAUCAAGGCCAAGUCUAGGACAAUGAAGGCACCUCGAAAACGUAGUGCUGUCACUCAAACUAUUCCUGUCAUAUCUAAUUCAAACACAGCAGUAACAUCCUGUGUUGGAGAUGUGGCCAUUAAUGCUUGUUCUGACCCUGUUGUUACAUCUGGAAGGGGAUUUGCUAAUGCUGAACCAUCACCUGUAUUUGCUGCCAAUAUGACAUCUCAGAUCCUACCACCAAUUGGUGCUCCGGCGGUUAAUGGCGAGUCUGCUGCAAGACACAACAAGUUGAAGUCUACACAGACUCCUGUUUCUGUUAUUUCCAAUACUGGACCGAGGCUUGGGCCAGGCUUGGCGAUUGAGAGCAAAAAUGCUCAUGAUACUGCUUUUGGUUCAUGGGGCCAUACAGACAUAAGCCAACAGGUGAUAGCAUUAACACAGACUCAGCUUGAUGAAGCUAUGAAUCCUGCUCGAUCUGAUUCCAAAGUUUCCUCUAACCUUGCUCUUGAGCACAAGGUAUCAAUGUCUAACAUGACACAAGAUAAACCCUUCACUGUAUCGACGAGUCCUCUCACUUCUUUGCUUGCUGGGGAAAAGAUUCAGUUUGGAGCUGUUACAUUGCCACCCAUUCUACCUCCAGUUAGCCGAUCUGUCUCCAUUGGCAUUGGACCUCCAGGUUCCAAAAGAUCUGAUACUUCAAAUGAUCACUGUGCACCUGUAACACACAAUAAUUGUACCAUGUUCUUUGAUAAAGAGAAACACCUUGAGCAGCCUUGUGCACAUUUAGAAGAUCCUGAGGCCGAAGCUGAAGCUGAGGCAGCUGCUUCUGCUGUUGCUGUGGCUGCUAUUAGCAACAAUGAUGAAAUAAUUGGAAACAGGGCUAGUGGUAGCUCUGUCUCUGUUUCAGACAGCAAAAGCUUAUGUUCUGUGGACGCCAGUGGGUUGACUUCAGGAGGUGGGACAGCCAAUCAGGAAGUUACAAACCAUUCUGCAGGUGAAGAAUCAUUAACUGUUGCUCUUCCAGCAGACCUUUCAGUUGAUACUCCAACCAUGUCCUUAUGGCCUCCUCUACCAAGUCCGCAAAAUUCAUCUGGUCCAAUGCUUUCACAUUUUCCUGGAGCUCCACCAUCACAUUUUCCCUGUUUUGAGAUGAACCCAAUAUUAGGGGCACCCAUUUUUGCAUUUGGUUCUCAUGAUGAGUCUGUUGGAACCCAGGCUCAACCUCAAAGAAAUAGUAUGUUGGGAUCAGGGCCUCCUGGAGCUUGGCCGCCCUCUGCAGUAGACUCGUUCUAUGGUACUCCCACUGGGUUUAGUGGUCCUUUCAUUAGUCCUAGUGGAAUUCCUGGUGUUCAAGGCCCUCCACAUAUGGUUGUUUACAAUCAUUUUACUCCAGUUGGCCAGUUUGGUCAAGUAGGCCUUAGUUUCAUGGGUACCACAUAUAUUCCUACUGGUAAGCAACUUGACUGGAAGCAAAAUCCAGCAUCUUCAUCAGCUGAUGUCAGAGAGGGUGACAUUGGCAAUCUAAAUGUUGCUUCUGGUCAGCGUAAUCCACCCAGCCUACAAGGCCCUAUCCAGCAUAUAGCUCCAGGAUCACCUCUUAUGCCUCCUUUGGCCAUGUUUGACAUGUCCCCUUUUCAGUCCUCAGCUGAGAUACCAAUGCAAGCCCGAUGGCCCCACAUCCCUGCUCCAUCCCCUCUGCACACGGUUCCACUAACAGUGGCACAGCAGCAACAUCAAGUAGAGAAUGGGAUGCCGCCACACUUUAGCCAAAGUCUACAUUCUGAUGCUUCUACCGGAAUUAAUAGGUUGAAUGAGGCUCGCUCAUCAACAUCCGGUGAUGUCAAUAGGAAUUUCUCACUCCCAACUGAUGCUUCGGCUCCCUUCCCAACUGAAUUUGCUAUGGUUGAGUCAUCAUCUGCUGCUACUUCAUCCGUUCAAACCAUGAGGACUUCUUCCAUUCCUGCUAGUGGGAACAACACUAGAGAUUCAAGCAGUACCAAGGGUUCAACCCGACAUGCUACGGCCAAUGCUAGCGAUAUGGGUGAAAUUGGGACAACUAGCAACAAUACUGAUGGUCACUCUGUUGUUCCUUCCCUAAAGUCACAAUCCGCUCAGCAGCUUACUUCACAGGGACAACAGCAAUACAUUCACUCAGUUGCUUAUGUUGCCGAUCAGCGUGCACCUGGGGCUUCUCAAAAGAUGGUUUCUGGAAGUGACUGGCACCGGAGAGUAGGAUUUCAUGGAAGAAACCAAAGUUUAGGUUCUGAGAAGAACUUCGGAUCUGCAAAGGUGAAGCAAAUAUACGUGGCUAAGCAGCCGACCGGCGGACCAGCAAAUCCAGGUUAAACCCAGAUAUCAUCAGCUAAUGUCUUAAGUUUGCCAUCAUUCAGCUUUGUCUAGACACCUGGAAACUUCUGGCUUUUGUUAUUGCAUCUGUAAAAGAAGAGCUGAUAAAGGAGAAGAUAAGUGAAAACUGAUUUCUGAUAUUUGGUUCUUUUCCCGACAAGAGGUUGGGGAGCAAAGGAACACGGUGAGUGACUCAUCUCUAUAUGUGAUGACUUGCCUUCUAUAUAAUUGUAUAAGAACAUUGCUUGCUUGACUGAUGUUCUCACAGCUAUUGUUAUUAUCAAUUUUUGGGCUCCAUAGGAACUCAUGUUUAGCUGUCUGAAAACCAGUUUGAGUCUUCAUAAUUCUUUAAUGUAGACAGUUCAUGUUUGGCUCUUGUACUCUUUGAAUCUUUUCUUCUUGUUAAAAAAAAAAAACAUGCAAUCGAUGCCCGCUUGAUGGCCGCUGCUUGUUGUCGAAUUCCUUUUGCUCGUGCAAUCAAAAUUUGUUCCUUUGAACUA